AUGGCGGACGAUCUCAUCCUAAGCUUUUGCAGUGGGCGUGGUCCGUUGCAGGUUUGGAACAUGCGCCUGGCUAACAGCAUCACCGCCCACAAGGAAGCGGCCAACUUUGCGUCAGAGGUUACUCUGGUCCGGUGGCAUCAUCAGCAGAUUGGAAAGCUGGUGACUGGCCAUUUGAACGGGAGCUUGUCAUUCUUCACCACUGGUAAGAAGUGUUCCAAGCACGUUCUCCAACCCGAAUCCGAGGAUGAAGAGGAAGACGAUCCCGUUGUCGCCUUGGAAUGGGAUCCGUUAUCGGAGGACUACCUUCUCGUCAUCAACGAACAGGGUGAGAUGCGGAUGAUAGACAGUGUUUCCCUGAAUGUCAUAGUGACGUUUGUUCUACCAAGUACGGCCACCAGCGUCCGCACCAUGGCAUGGGUUCCUACUGCUCCAGGCAUGUUUGUAUCAGGAGAUGCUCAUCAAGGGGUACUUCGUCUCUGGAAUGUCUCUAAGCCCACACCUAUCCUCAGCCUCAAACUAAAGACCACAGGGUUCCAUUCCCUAUGUGUCUUUAACGCAUCACCCACCGGCUCUGAUGACUACGAUUCCUUGUCAUCGACCACCAACUCAUCAUCAUCAUCAUCCUCCUCGUCGUCCUCACCGGCUCAUAGCAAUAACCAUGUAUCAUCGACGAGUCAAGCCGUAGCUCCACGACGGACGAACGAUCUUUAUUCACCGUACGCCCUGCCGCCUGGCCAUGCUGUGUGUACAUUUGAUGAUGGUGGGGUGGGGCUCUAUGAUUUGGGGAAAAGACGAUGGGAUUUCCUCAGAGAGUUGGGUCACGUAGAAACUAUCUUCGACUGCAAAUUCAAACCUGACAACCCCGAUCUCUUGGCAACGGCAUCGUUUGAUGGCACCAUGAAGGUAUGGAACAUCAAUUCCUGGACAGCUGUAGACUCCUCACCAGGCAAUGAAGGCAUCAUAUACUCCAUCUCAUGGGCACCCGCUGACCUGAACUGUUUGAUGGCAGGAACAUCAAGGAAUGGGGCUUUCAUAUGGGACAUCACAAAGGGAAAGAUUAUCAAGAGAUAUACCGAGCAUGGACGAACUAGUGUCUAUUCUGUAGCAUGGUGCCAUAAAGACUCAAGAAGAGUUGCGUCAUGUGGAGCCGAUAACUACUGUAUUGUUCGUGAGAUUGACGGGAAAAUGCUGCAGAGAUACAGGCAUCCAUCAGCUGUGUUUGGAUGCGAUUGGAGUCCUAAUAACAAAGACAUGUUUGCCACAGGGUGCGGUGAUGGCAAGGUAAGAGUAUACUACAUAGCAACGGCUAACGAGCAACCAUUAAAAACCUUCCCCGGUCACACAGCUAAGGUAUUCCAUGUAAGAUGGUCUCCUUUAAGAGAUGGCAUACUCUGUAGUGGCUCAGAUGACGGGACAAUACGUAUAUGGGACUACACGCAGGAUAGCUGUGUAAACAUAUUAGUAGGUCAUGGUGCUCAUGUGAGAGGGCUAAUGUGGAAUCCGGAGAUACCCUAUCUUCUCAUCUCGGGCUCAUGGGAUUACACCAUUAGAGUAUGGGAUACCAGGGAUGGUGCAUGUGUUGAUAAGGUAUUAGACCACGGUGCUGAUGUGUAUGGUCUAGCCAUGCAUCCCAAUAGACCCUUUAUACUUGCAUCCUGCUCAAGGGAUUCCACUGUUAGGAUCUGGUCUCUGACAUCACUGGUGAUGUCAUCACAGAUGAGAGUGAUCGCCAGGAGACCAUGGCAAGAGAUCAUCACGUCAACAGAUCAUGCCAUGGCUGUCAAUACCAGCACAUUGAUGUCGGGCAAGGCAUCAAGAGACCUCAAGUCCAAGAUAGAUCAUUACCGUGGUAACCUGGAAUUCAAGACAAUAAUCCGGUGGUUCUCUAAUCUCUUUGCAUCCCCUGGUGAUACAGCUAAUCUCUGGGAACUAGUGUCCAUUAUAAACGGUCAAGACGAUAGCCUUCUACCGGAGGAUUAUAGUAAAGGAAUCAUGCACAAAAAACAUCUCAUCAAGUUCAGAUCGUCUGAAGCUAAAGAACUGGAGCUAGCGAAGCUGGGAGGGCGGGGCGGCCAAACAUCACGGCUACGGGAAGAGAAGGUGAGAGAAGCUGCCGUGCUGCAUAUGAAGCUAGGAGAAACACAGAGAUACUGUGAACUCAUGGUAGAGCUGGGAGAGUGGGAGAAAGCUUUGGCAAUAGCACCGGGAGUGUCCAUGGAUUACUGGAAGCAAUUGGCUGAGAGAUAUGCGGAGAACUUGUCAGCUGAUGAGAACCUUGACUGUGUGCCUUAUUAUCUCAUCACUCACAACGUCGAUAAACUGGUCCGCUUCUACUGCCACCGCGGCCAGCUUAACGAUGCGCUCCUCGUCGCACAGGUUGCCUGCGAGGGACCCGUUACCAUGGAUAAAAGAAGCAGAGGUGUUGUCAAUGGGAGGACGACGGCGGGGCACGAGGAGGAAGGGGAUGCUGUCCCGAGGGUGAAUGGAAUGCAGGAUGAGGAGGAGUCUAAUAAAUUGCUCCUGUCUGUGGUUGAUCUGAUGGCUAAUAAAUUCUUUCACAACGGGUCACCUGUACUAUCUGCCUGCUGUCAUCUUGCUGCCGGUCAACAAAGGCUUGCUUUGUCCAAAUUAAUACGGGGCCAUGAGUUAGAGCUGGUCGUAUCGAUAGGAGAGUCACUGAAAGGAGGCAAGAUCUCAAGUUUGGUUACCAUGGCAACUGAGAUGCUAUCAAGAAGAUGCGAAGGACAGGGAAACUGGGAUCUAGCUUAUAACCUGAUUGAAGACAUUCCUAACAACCAUGAUAUGAAGGUCAGGCUUUGUGCAAGGUGUAUAGGAAGUGCAGCUGAGAUCAACCAUAUGCAUGAAAAGGUGGGUUUCCCCCCUCUGGAAGAUUGCAUAGUGAAGGCCCAGAGCAUGUUAGAUGCAGGGAAUGUGAGGGAGGGUGUAUGCUAUUAUUUACUCUCUUCUACACCGGAGGCUGCCAUGUCUGUGGGUCUCCCUGAAGUCAGAAGAAAAAUGAAUCAGUCUGACUGGGUCGUUGGUGAUGUUUACAACCUUCUGCAAUUAAUGGGCUGCAUAAGGACAGACAGGAUCAUGAUGCAGAGUGUCGCUCAGCAGCGAUGUGAGUUGGUAAUCUUAUCUUGCUAUGUUGGAGCUCUAGUAGCUAUACGAAGGGGAUACCGUUCUAUAGUUACUCAUCUAUUCAAUGUAGCAUUGAGGCUUAUCAGGGAAGGUGGGUUUGGGUCAGACCUCCCUCUCUCAGACCCUCUUAUUCAGACUGAACUAGAAGCAUGGAAUGCUGUAUCUGGGACUAACGUAAGUGUUGAUCAUGCCAAAUGUGCCCCUCCGACUCCACUCCAAGAAGACUUCUACCACAACCUCAUACGACGGGGAGAAUCUUUGACCUUUGACCUUGAAGCAGGUUAUGACUUCGUGACAGGUUCUCAUCUCCCAAGUCAUUCAGAUGUUCACCAUUCUCUGCUGACUGGCAAAAGGAUACAGGGCCCUACAUUCUUCCUGGAUGACGGCAAGUCUGUGAUAUCACUGAACAGCGCCCUCAUGUGGGCUAAAGUGUGCAUGUUCUCACCUGUAGGAUCAGGGAGGCCCAUCAAUCCUUUCUAAUGAUAAAAAUAGAUUCAAUCUUCAGCACAGUUUUCUCUUUCCAAGGAUGAUGAACAGCUGAGGGGUCAAAGGUCAGAUAUUUUACAGGACAGUGCACUCAUCUGCAGGUCAGAUGUCAAUAUUUUGCAGGACAGUACACUCAACUGCAGGUCAGAGGUCCAAUUUUACAGGACAGUACACUCAACUGCAGGUCAGAGGUCAAACUUUUAAAGGACAGUACACUCAAGUGCAGGUCGGAGGUCAAAUUUUUACAGGACAGUACACUCAACUGCAGGUCAGAGGUCAAAUUUUGCAGUACAGGAUCAUACAUGUAGGUCAAAAUUUUGCAGGACAGUUCACUCACAUUGGAUCAUGUACAUGUAAAUGUAUAUGAGCAGUCAGUUCAAAUUAUUGCAAGAUAGUUCACUCAUCUUUGGUAAUAUGGAGAACACUUGCUGGUGGGCAAAAUCUUGUCGAAAAAUAAUAAGAAGAAUUGUCUUGAAAACCAACAUUAAUUUUUCAUGCAAGAAUGAUUCAUAUCAAUGAAAAUCUUGCUGAAGAUCUUGUUGAAAAUAUUAAUAUACAUUGUCUUGAAAACUACCUUCACUGUCUUGUGCAAGAAUGAUUCAUAUUGUUGAAAAUCUUGUAGAAAAUAACAAUAUAAUGUAUCUUGAAAACUGCCUUUGAUUUAUUGUGCAAGAAGUGAUUCAUAACCAUUGAGCAGGGUACAAAAUUUGUCAUAUCUUUUCAACGCACAUUCAAGAGAGAUACUGUAUUUAUGGCUAAUUAUGGAUAAUUCACAAUCUCGUUUCUGCCAUGUACAUGUACAUGUAGUUUGUUGAUAUUGUUGUCAUAUCCUGACAUUAUCUUUGGUCAAUAUAGUCUAUAUGAGGGCAAUACCUCACUUGACACCUGUAUGAACAAAUCAAUUAUAUAUAUAUAUUUUUUUAAUUAUCCUAAUUCACUGAAUUUGUAGUAUUGCCGACACUAUUUUCAUAAUGAUUAUAUUUCAAUGAAAUGUAUUGAUUUAGAUUUUGUUGCAAAUGUGAAAAUGACAAGAGGCAUAAAUUUUACUGUGCAGUGUCAAGAACCCAUCGAGAUUUGUCUUUUUUUCUUGUUGGUGUAGUUCAACUUGCUUUGAACAAAUUUCAAAAGAAGACAUAUUUUUAGAGUCCGUCCAAAGAAACUUAUUU